GUUUUUUCUCUCAAUCUCACCCGCCAUUUUGAUCUUGGCAUCAACGGCGUCAUGCACAUGCACGUUAAAUCAUGGCUCCAAAACCAUCCUCAAGGCCUCGAAGCCCUCGAAACUCAGAAUCAGACGAAGCACCUCUCCUCUCCCGCAGCCCCUCCCCUCACUCUUCCCCUCCCCCAAAUCGACCCGUAUCAUGGUCCUCUCUCCCAAACAAAAGCCAACUCGCCGUGAUCCUCCUCGCACGUCUCGCAGAACCCCUCAGCGAGCGCUCCCUAGCUUCAUAUCUAUUUUUUCAACUCCAAUGGUUCAAUCCUGAUAUUGAUCCCUCGGAAAUUCCGAAGCGGAUGGGUUACAUAACAGCUACGUUCGCCGCUGCCCAAUGUCUUACGUCUAUGUGGUGGGGCAGAGCGGCUGAUCAUCCGAGGCUGGGGAGGAAGCGGGUUUUGCUUAUUGGGCUGGGGGGAUCGUCUUUGUCGGCGCUGGGGAUGGGGUUUUCGAGAUCGCUUGGGAUGGCUUUCUUUUUUCGGUUUUGUGCGGGGGCUUUGAAUGGGAAUAUCGGGGUUUUAAGAACCAUGGUUUCUGAAAUUGUUCCUGAGAAACGACACAAAACAAGAGCUUUCCUCCUACUGCCGAUGUGCUUCAACGUUGGCGUCAUUAUUGGACCUCUCCUGACAGGUUUCAUGGCUGAUCCCGUUCAUAUGCUCCCUGGAAUCUUUGGUCCAGGUUCUCUCUUUGGUGGAGAGAAGGGCGUGCAAUGGCUCGAGAAAUUCCCUUACGCGCUGCCAAAUCUCUUCUGCUUCUCAAUCCUGAUGUCAGCCUUUUUUCUAGUCAUUCUUGGCCUUGAUGAAACGCACUCGCAGCUUCGGCAUCGCCCUGAUCCUGGACGUAGACUUGGAAGGCUUCUUCUACGAAUCAUUCUCCGCCGAAAGAAGGAUGAGCAUCUUUACAGCUCUAUCAACACUGAGGAGCUGAUGGAUCAUGAUGCCGAUCAAGAAUCUGGGGAAAGUUCCAGACCAGCUAAAGCGUACAGCAAGACUCGUCCUCCGUUCCGAGAUGUGUUGACCAAGAACGUCUGUCUUAAUAUGCUACAGCGCUUCCUACAGUCAAUUCACGUAUCGGCGUUCAACUCCAUCCUUUUCAGUCUUCUACCCACGCCUAAAGCAGACUCUACAGAUUUCCAUCUACCCUUCCGCUUCACCGGUGGUCUAGGUCUAUCAAGUGAGAGGAUGGGUUUAGCCAACACAAUCAUCGGGACGAUCGGCAUCCCGCUUCAACUCUUCAUAUACCCCAGACUCAUCGGCAAACUCGGCGUUAAAGCUUCAUACAGUGCCUUUUUACCACUAAGCAUCAUCGCAUACUUCCUUCUGCCAUACCUGGUUCUGUUGCCGGAUAAUACCGCUCUCGUGUGGACUUGUCUAUCUGCAGUUCUGAGUCUGCAGGUAUUAUCUCGGACAUUUGUGAAUCCUGCUACUAUGAUGCUUGUCAACGAUUCAGCGCCGAGUCCGAAUUUGUUAGGCACGGUUCAUGGGUUGGCAUCGAGUAUUUCGAGUGCUGCUCGGAUCAUGGGACCUACGGUUGGUGGAACGUUGCUUGGAUGGGGUCUUGCCCAUAAUCUUGUUGGGCUGCCUUUAUGGGUCUUGACGAUUUUGGCAUCGGCAAAUUGGGUUAUUUUGUGGUGGAUUGAGGAUGUGAAUAUGUCUGAAUGAGUUUUAGAUCUAGAUAAAUCCACGAGGUUCAGCUGACUCUUAGUACGGUCGGUAGGUCUUGUUCUGUAUUCAGUG